CAGAAACUUCAGUAUAAUCCGCUCUGUAACGACGAACAAGCUAGUAUAGUAGACUGUUAUUAUUAUGAAGGAGUCAAUAUAGCCAACCCAGCAUCAUAUAUCAUGGGUAGUUCUCACUUCUUUCCUGCGUGUGAACUUAGCAACAUCACCAGACUACUAGAUUGUUACAAUAAAGUUAUUGACGAAUGUCCGAACUAUAGAGACAAUGGACCAGACAUAAUGACUAAAGAUGCAUUCAAAGCCUUCCUCAUAGGAACAUGUGUAAAUAAACAUGUGUAUGACAGAGGUAUGGAAUGCAUUGGGAACAGGGAAUACUUGAUAAAUCAGUACAAUAACAAGUUUUGCGUUGCUCCUUCGGUAUACCUAAAUGAUGUAUGGGAUGCUUAUAUACAAAUGGGAGACUGGACGUGGGAGAAAUACUGCAGAAUGAUGGACGAAGGAAUAGAAUGUUCUAUAGCAAACGCUGAGCAGUUCGGAUGUCCUCAGAGUUUCUACAAUUUCCUUCGAUACUCUUCUUAUAUCCGAUUACCGACAGAAUGUCAGCAACCAAAUACUACAAAUUAUCAAUGGCUUCAACUAUAUACCGAACUACCAACCACACUGGAAUUAACAGCUGAUACAGAACCAAAUUCUUCAACUGCGAUUAAUGUUUCAUUUUUCGUAGUAGUUGUCGGUGCACUUAUAAGUGUGAGCUUGUAUUAACUGAAAAUAAAUAUUGUCAUGAUUUAUUAAUGAAUUUAAAUAAAAGUACAAGUACUAAA